CCUGGGAAUACCCACCCCGUCCUGCUCUUCCCCAGGCUGCAUCCCUCCUUGCAGGCAGGUCUCACGCAGCCCAUGGCUUCAGAGGAGGCAGCAAACCCUGGACCACAUCCCACAACCCCUGUGACCCCCAAAAAGAGCCGGAAGAAAGGGAAGGAGAAGCCGGAGGCUGGGGCAGAUGCUCAGGAAGGAGGGGAUGAGGUGAUGGAGCGGGAGGCCAGGAUCGAGGGGCUGACACGAGCCGGGCACCGGGCGCUGGUGCUGGGCGAUGGGCAGGAAGCGGUUGGGUGCUUCAGGAAGGCGUUUGUCCUGUCCAGGAGCAUGGGGAGCCCCCAGCUCCGCAGCACUUGUGCCUUCAACCUGGGGGCUGCCUAUGUGGAGACCGGGAAACCCAAAAAGGGCCUCGCUUUCCUCGUCCAGUCCCAGUCCUCCUUGGGGGGCAAUGGGGAGCCCUCGCGGGGCCUUUAUUUCAGCAUCGAGGCGGCUCGCGAGGGGCUCCAGGACUUCCCAAAGGCUCUGGAGCACUUUGGCAUCACUGCUGACGGUGACCGUGCGGCACAGGCCGGCAGCAGAGCCGGGACCCGUGUGCGGAUGGGCUGCUGCUACCUGGGGAUGCGGGAGCCGGAGCGUGCCGCUCGGUGCUUCCUGGAUGCCGCCCGGUGCUUUGCGGUGGCCGCCAGCCCCGAGGCCACGGCCGUGGCUCUGAGCAGGGCCAGCGGCUCCAUGCUGCAGAGCCGGGGCUUCGGGGUGGCCGAGAUCACCGCGGUCCUCGCCCAGUGCCACUCGCUCUGCGGCAGCAUCCGGGAUGCAGCCCUGAGAGGGAAACUCUACAGCGACAUCGGGCUCAGCUAUUCCCAGCUCCACAUCUUCACAUUGGCUGCCGAGAGCUUCCAGAGGGCUCUGGCAUCCGGACCGGAGCAGCACAGGGCGGCCGCGCUGCUGCAGAACAUGGGUGCUGCCCACAAUGCGCUGGGCAGCUUCGGCACGGCGCUGGGCUGGCACCGGCGAGCGGUGGCGCUGCACGGAGCUCUUGGGAACCGGAAGGCACAGGGACAGUGCUUUGGGAACCUGGCCUAUGCCUGCAGCCAGCUUGGGAACCAUGAGGCUGCUGCAGAGAGCUACCUGCAUGCCCUGCAAGCCUUCCGGGACUCAGGGGAUGUACAGGGGCAGUGGCAAGCGUGCGAGGGGCUGGGAGCUGCCUACUUCCAGCUGGGAAAUUCCCCCAGAGCCAUUGGGCACUACAAGGAGGCUCUGACGUUGCUUUCCCAUUGCCAGGACACCCCCAGAGCUGCCCGUGAGCGGGUCGUGCACAGGCUCACCGAUGCCAUCCAGCACCAGCUCUGCCUCCAGGGCCGCCUCUCCAGCAGGCCAUGA